AUGUCGACUGUUGUUGAAAUGAAGCCCCGGAUUUGUACGUGCAAACAGGGGGUCCUCCACCUGGUCGACCUUGCCGGCAGCGAGAGGCUGGACAGGUCCGGUGUCGGGAACGACGCGCAGCGGCUGCGGGAGACGCAGGCGAUUAACAAGUCCCUCAGCUGCCUGGCGGACGUGUUCUCCGCCCUCUCUGCCAAAGCGUCGCACGUCCCCUUCAGGAACUCCAAGCUCACCUACCUCAUGCAGGACUGCUUGUCAGGAGACGGGAAGGCGCUCAUGUUCGUCAACCUGUCGCCGACGGCAGCGUCGGCGAACGAGAGCGUCUGCAGCCUCCGCUUUGCCAACCAGGUGAGCCAGGUCCACCUGGGCAAGGCCAGCCGCCAGAUGACCCUCAGCAAGCCGCCGGGCUCCGGGCGCCUGAGCAUCAACGGCGGUGGCGGCGGCGGACGCGGUCCCAACAGCCCGACCCGCUCCCAUGUCGGCCGAGUCGCCCGAGCCUCCGGCAGUGCCGCCUCGACGGCGCCCCCUAGCCCCGGCAGCAGCCACGGCGGGAGCUUCGGGUUCGGACGCUUGAGCACCGCCGGCGGCGGUGCCGCGGGCGGCGGUGCCGCGGGCGGCGGCGGGAGGACGUCCACCACGGGCGGCGCAGCCGGCGCAGCCGGCCGUCGAUCCUCGAGACUGUCGACGUCGUCUUCUACGGCUAAUAGCCCGCCGCCGGGGGCCAAGGCUCGGGCGGGCAGCCGCGGCGGCGCCGGGGCGGUGGGGGUCCGUGGCAAGCCCUCGUUGGUCGGCGGUGCGAGGAUGAGGGGAGGCGUCGGCGCCGGCGGCGGUGCCGGUUCGAGGACCAGCGUGGGGAGGAAGACGAGCGGGAGCCGGCUGCCAACGCUGUCGUCGACGCGGUCGAUGGGCUCCGGGGAGGGGAUUCGCAGCGGGGGUGGGGGCGGGGAGACCGGGAGGAGGACCAGCGGGAACACCAGGCCCUCCAGCGCGAUCAGCAAGUCGCUGCCGCCGUCGCCGAAGCCCUCGGCGGCAGACAAGCGGCUUCGGCUCAGCUCGGACAGCGAUGACAAGCGUCCGUGAAGUUGGAAUGGCGCGAGCGUCUUCUCUCCCAAAGCGAGCAGCUGUUCUUGUUCAUCGCGAAUAAAUUGAACAGCGAGUGCUGCUGCAAGUUGCUACUGCAAGUCUUGUGGGAUUCUUACAUGUAUGCACGUCGAGCUUAGAUACGCUGAUGUGUGCUCGGUUUUCUAGAAAAUUCGUCAUUUCUUUGCGUGCGUUUCGUGCGAUGUGUACAUGUACGUGGUUGUAUUCACUGUUAUGUGCGUUUUUCUGGAAUACGGUAUGUUUCUAGGGGCAUAGCCAUCAUCACCCUGCUGGCGUUUCCUUAUUCCGUAGGGAUAGCGUGUCGAUUCUUUGCUUGGUGGGUGUAAUAGUUGGAGACGGGUGGUUGAGCUCAAUGCACCAACCAGGAGGUUGGUGCCCCGUGUACGUCUGGGUUGGGUGGGACGACGACGUAAAUAUGCGUUUUUUCUCGCUCCGCAACAGUGUUGAAGGUUUUGACGUCAUGUUUCUAGUUCUUUUCAGGUUUCUAUGUAACGGUUCUCCAGCAUGUAUCGUUAUUUCUCAUGACGUAUGUAUGUUGCUGUCCAGCAUGGAGCGCGAUUUCUCAUCACGUUGUUGCUGCUGAAUCGUUCCCCUCUCACUCUCGCUCAGCUGCCGACCGGACGAAACCCGGCAGAUUGAUAGUAAAGAGCGCGUUUGACGCAGGGCAUUCACAUUGUACGGGUAGUUUUUUAUGGGUGUUUUUUCUCCGCGCCAGGCGACAAGUGCACUGCUGUCAAGGGGCGCGGUUAUACGUGUAAGGAGGAGAGGAGAGUAUAUCGGAAGCUUAUCGCAUGUUCGUUGACUGUGUUGAUUUGUUAUUGCAUGCCGGCCAGGGGUUAUAAGAAGGAGAGGGGAGUAUGUCGUAAACUUUCGCAUGUUCGUUGCUGCUGUGUUGAUUUAUAUUGCAUAAUGGCCUCGCGUCGUAUAAACUCCUUACCUUUUUCUGGCCUAAAGGUCUUGCCGGAAUCAGGCCGAUGAUUGGGAUCGGGGGGGUGCGGAGAUGGAAGGCAAGGGGCCGCGCUGUAGAAUAUUGCAUGCACUCCCCCCCCUGCGGCUUGUACAUUUUGUGUUAUGGAAGGCACCGGUAUCCGUGCGCCUGUUGAACAUGUGCGUGUUGAGACUGCUACUACUACUGCCACCGUGCGCUAACGUAUUCCUGCUGUUUUUCUUGGCAUAUUGUACCUGAGCUUACCCGCUUGUUUUGCCUACCUUUAUGGGUGGGUUGUGUUCUCCCUCAGUCGCCUGUAGUUAAGAAAUAUGUGUACAAACGACGGUACCAGCCGCGGUUGUUGGGCGUCCCGGCUUGCGGGCGUAAGGAGCUGUUUUACACUCGAGCAUUUGCUGUUGUAGAACAUAGGGGGGGUGUCUGUUUUUGUUGUAGGGGACGAAAAAACAUGGAUCGACAGAGAGGACGGACAAGCCGCACUAUUUUACGAGAACAGGGGCCAGAGGAAGAGGUUGGCCUCGACCUUGCCGAAAUUGUUGGCUAAUUUUUAAAGUCAAUAAUCUACUGCUUCAAGGGGGGGUUGGGGGUUGCUAUGUUUGCUCGCUGUCGAAAUCAUACUUGACGAUUUCAGGCCGAACCUGGUCGCGUUCCCAUCCACCGCGCCCACAGGAAGCCGGCAACUGGUGGCUUUGGAGGAGUAAGGAGGCAACAUGCAGGGGGGCACUCGGAGAAUGGUCUUGCUGUUCUUUUUGUGCGUGAUGAUGAAGGCAUGUCUUGUGGUGGGGCGUAGAGAGUAGAAGUCUGACAUCUUGCUAUAAAGGGUGAGCCGGCGCAGACGUUCUGUGCGACGACGGCAUGUAUUGGACUUCGGAGUUUAGUUUUGCACACAAUAACAAGCGCGUGAAUUCUCUUCUACCUCCUGUGUACUGCCGUAGCGCGCUCUAAGUCAGCUAA